UCAAAUUUCUCAGUUUUUUGUUUGCAGGUAAACCUAUGGUAUACAAGUAGUAAGAAAAUACAUGUAAACAUUAUCUAUCAUUGUUUAAAGCAGUAAAUGUUAUUCAUGUUUGCCAACAUAUAGAUUACAAUAAGAGUAGGCAACACAGAGAGAAAAUCAAACAGAAACUUCAGGUUUGAUCUCAGAACUACAGCUUUGUCUGUAGUGUCACCGUAGAAUUGUCGGAAGAAAGACUGAAUAAAAAGGAGAAUGAAGAAGUCUAAAGCAGCUGUGAAAUCAAAGGGAAAGAAAAUUGAGGCUAUUGUGGACUUGCAGCAAAAUGAAAGUGUUGCGGUGAGUGAAAUACCUGUCUUGGAGACUGAGGAACUCUCAUUGAAAAUGCCACAGUCUAAAAAGAUAUCCAAGACCAAGUUUCCAGUUCGAAGUUUACCAGCAAAUAUCGCUACCUCCAGUAGUGCAUCAAGAAUGCCUUCUAACAUGCUCCAACAGUUUGAGGCUGCCAAUGCUACAGUAGUUGAACUGCAAGACUCCCUGCAGGAUCUGGACACAGGAAGGAAUUCCCUUCCUAAAGUAAAGGCGCUGUCAGAGCCUCAGAAACGCAUGUUGUCACGGCCCACUGAUAAAGUCACACGGGAUGUUUUAUUUGAUGACUUCAAAAGCCCAGGUGUUUAUCCUAUCCACAAACUGCUGGACGCUAUUCUGAAAAGAGACAAGCUAAAGGAUCAGAUCUUGUAUUUCACUGGAGUGGAACAGCUGACAGAUGGUGUGUUUGGGAGACUGCUGGAGGAGAUUGAGACAAACAAAAAGGUGGUGGCUGAUCUGCAUGUGAUUGGAGUGGAUCUGACUGGCUGUAAGCAACUCACAGAUCAGGCAGUGCUGUGGAUGGCCAAGUGCUUCCCCAGUAUCACAAAGGUGAAGCUGAGUGGAUGUUGGAAUCUGACAAGCCGCUCUGUGGUGUACCUGCACGAACACUGUCAGCACCUGAGGGAGGUGGAGGCUAUAACCACGGGAAUCUCCCUGGUCCCUCGAACACUCUCUUCUGUCACACUAACACUGGACGGAUCACCCAUCUUAUCACCAUCCUUGUCAGAUUUGGAAGCUCUUAAAGCAGGAAAAGAGCUUGACCUGAAGCCGGUUCAAACAGUACGUGUCUGUAUUUUCCCUGUGGAGAAGGCGCCUGCAAACUUCCUGUCAUACAUGAGCAGUGGUGCUGCCAGCAAUCCAAGUCAGGCACAUUUCUUCGGGCACAGUGAAGUGAAGCUGGCAGAUGGAUCAGUAUGUCAAGUUACAGAAAGUCCACAGGUAGCGUGCUGUUGGCCAGAGUUCCUAUCAGAAAGAACCAUCUAUAUUCUACCUUAUGAUGCUGGUCAGGGGGAUGCCAAUCAGAUAGCCACGGCUAUAGUAAAACUCAUCAGUGUCAUCAGCUCUCAGGUAACCCAGCCAUUUUUCAUCCCAGUGGGUACACUGUCUCCGACCGUUCUGACCAGUGCCAUAAAACAGUGUCUGAAAUUAUGUGAAGACAACCUGAAGAAGGAACUUGAUGUCUUCAACAAUAAAGUGAAGGUUGAAGAGAUGACUUAUCAGACACAGUGUAGUUUGGGGAAAGCAAGGCAGCUUCUGUACCGUCUGCAGACUACAGCCAGCAGGUUGAACACACUGGAAAUAAACACCUCAAACCCUAAGGAUAAGGACACGUUGCUGAGUUUGCUGAUGCGACUACGAGACGAGGACUUGAAGAAGGCCUAUCCCGAAUACUCAGACAUAUCAGCUGAUCUCAUGACAGCUGUCACAUCACUGCCCAAGCUCCUCCCGAAAGGCGUGGCUACGAAGGAAGCAGCCAUGAAAAGCAUUAAGGCUGGAAAAUUGCCAAAAAGCAUAGCUGCUUCAGAUUGGCAUAUUGAAAAAGCACUAAACCUGGCGCAUGCAUUGGGCCUGGUUGUACAAGUGCCCUCAGUGACCGCCAGCAGCUAUGUAGCAAAACCUGAUUGGUUGAUGGGCUUUUUGAAUUCACUGUUCUCCAAUCAAGGGGUAAAAUCUGAAAUGGAGAAUGGACUCCCAGCAGGAAUUCCCUGUCUGGCUGUGGACAGUGUCCAGGAUGCGGUUGGGUUGAACGUGGCUAAGGAGCUGGGUGUGGCUGCCGUGAGGGGUGCACAGGUUGGUUUGGUCCUGUCUCAACCUGAUCAACCAACCGUGUCAAAGUUCUCCUGA